CAACAUAUCACGACAACGGAAACACUUCCGGUGUUUGUCGUGGUGUCACCAGGGCCAAGUUAAAUCAUAUUUUGGAGGUUAUCUCUAGUUGUUGUGCCUAUCACACAAAGUGUCAAGUUGAAUUCACGAUAGCAGUGUUUACGUUUGAACAAAAGUGCAUUUUGGUGUUGGGCUCAUGUUGUUACUUCGUACUACUGCCGCGCUCGUCCGCCAGCGUCUGGCCGUUCGACGCUGCACGGCCGCCGGCGUGAGGAGGCUCACAACCACCGCCGCUUACGUCCAGGGUCAGAGCCCUGAACCGCGUAUUCGAGAAUACUUCUACUAUCUUGACCACCAAGGGCAGCUGUUCCUUGAUGACACCAAAGUCAAGAAUUUUGUCACCUGUUUCAAAGACAAACAGUUCCUCGUCUUCUUCUUCAGUCGUCUCCGUCUAAACCAGAGUGGGCGCUACCGGGACGACUUCCCCUUCCUGUCUCCUUGCGGGCGCGAGAGGAACUUCCUGCGUUGCGAUGAUCGACCAGUGGUCUUCACCCACCUGCUACAGGACGCUACCGGAGACUUGCUGUCGUUUUGCGGCGGCGCAGACAAGCUGACCGUUUCCUUCAACCCCGAGGCACUCUUCAUGCACCCGGCCAGCGGACGAGUUUACCACCCGUGCUCCGAGCGAACGGGAGGCGUCGGGCUGGUAAAGUCAUCGCUGGCUAUCGAGCUCAGCCCGUCUUUUGUCUACGCUUCCGAGCGAGGGCAGUCAGGACCACCCACACACUUCCUGUGGAGGAAACGGCAGCACGUACUAAGCAAUCAGCUGGCAGGAUGCUUUGCCACAGAAGAGGACGGCAGUGGAGUCGGAGAGGGAUAAUGUCCAAAGAGGAAAGUUUAACAACAACAAAAAAAAGUGUUUUUGCACGUUUAUUUGUAGCUUUGAGACUGAAUGUUACCCGGCACAGCUUCCCUUUUUCACUUGAACAAGCCCAGUCAGCAAAGGCAUCUGGCCCGGAUUCGGCAUGAAGCUGGCACAGCUGGCCUUGAGUCGGCCCACUGGCAUAAUGACAUGGCCCAGGAGUGGCAAAGGAGGCACUGGCUUGACUCUGGCAAACCAGAUGAGGGCCAGUUGUGGAGUGAAGUAUUUGGGCCAGAAAUCAAUUUACAACUCCGGCCCGAAUACGGCCAGCCAGUAUUGAGCCACCCCUAAAUGCAGUUUCAGAUUUAUUUUUUGAAGGAAAUGUAAGGUGCUUCAUGAAAUGUUUUGUAAAAGAUACCUUCAUUAAAUUUCAACAUUUUCCAAA